GAUCCUGGGCCGACUCAAUAUGAGAAAUAGAUACUCAGUAUGAUUUUUCCUUCCCGUCAAACGCGGUUUAAAUUACCCAGACAAGUUUCAUGAAUGAUUCCAUCAAUCCGACGGGAUGUCCCAAAGUCUCAACUUCGGGGCUAUAUUAUUGCUAAUAAGGGGAGCAAACACAACUUCUUCCCUUCUUCACCCUCAGGAACACGAAGAGUAUCCAUAUCUUUCCAGAUGUCUAGCGACGACAAAUGUCUCUUCUGCGCUAUCGUGAAAGGUGCUAUCCCUGCAUUUAAGGUAUACGAGACCGAACAUACCCUUGCCUUCUUGGACAUAUCACCCGUCUCCGAGGGACAUACCCAAGUUAUCCCUAAAUAUCAUGCCAGGACUUUGGGGGAUAUGCCCGAUGAGUACCUUGCCGAUAUAGGUCCGGCUCUGAAGAAGGUCGCUGCUGCUACAGGAGCCGAGCAAUACAACGUCCUUCAGAACAAUGGCAAGCUCGCAUUCCAAGUGAGGACCUCCCACGUCGACCACGUUCAUUUCCAUAUCAUCCCCAAGACAACUCCUCAGGACGGUUUGGUCCUUGACGUCGACGCUAGCUGGCCUGCUCGUCAAGCCGACAAGGAGAAACUUGUUGCCACGGCGGAGAAGAUGCGCAGCAGGAUCUGAGGUCUUGAAGUUUGUGUCUUAUAGAACAUACAUAUAUCGGGCGUGGUCCGCAGGAUUCAAGAUGAGGAUGGAAAUGUUGAAUACGAAGAGGAUUACUACGUACUCUAUCAAUAUUGUAUCCUAUGUACAAACAGGCUAUCUAUAAGCAACAAGACAAGUUGGGGAG